AUGACUAUGGAGCUUGCUUUGAUCAUGGAUCGACUUUAUGGUGGUGUCUGCUACGCUGGAAUUGAUACGGACCCAGAGCUAAAAUAUCCUAAAGGAGCUGGCCGUGUAGCAUUCUCCAAUCAACAGAGCUAUAUUGCAGCCAUCAGCGCCAGAUUCGUUCAAUUGCAACACAAUGACAUCGAUAAAAGG